AUGACAACCAUCGACGCAAAUACUGAUAUAUUCUUACGUCACAAAGCUCUAUUAAAAGAGCUUAAUUUGAUAAAGAUACAAGAGGAGUACAUAAAAGAUGAGCAGCGCCAUUUGAAACGAGAAUUAAUUCGAGCACAAGAAGAAGUCAAGAGAAUCAAAUCAGUGCCAUUGGUGAUCGGCCAAUUUUUGGAGCCUAUAGAUGAAAAUACCGGAAUUGUAUCCUCAACCACAGGGUCUAAUUAUGUGGUGCGUAUCUUGUCGACAUUGGAUCGUGAAUUGUUGAAACCAUCAUCAUCAGUGGCCUUACAUCGUCAUUCAAAUGCAUUGGUUGAUAUUUUACCACCUGAAGCAGACUCGUCCAUUUCCAUUGUCGGAGAUAAUGAAAAGCCUGAUGUAACAUAUGCAGAUAUUGGUGGUCUAGAUAUGCAAAAGCAAGAAAUUGUUGAAUCAGUGGAGUUACCAUUGGAACAAUCACAUUUGUAUAGCCAAAUUGGUAUCGAUCCUCCACGAGGUGUGUUGUUGUAUGGUCCACCAGGAACAGGUAAGACAAUGUUGGUUAAAGCAGUUGCCAAUGCGACAAAGGCUUCGUUUAUAAGAAUCAAUGGUUCCGAGUUUGUUCAAAAAUACCUUGGUGAAGGUCCUAGAAUGGUUAGAGACGUAUUCAGAUUAGCUAGGGAGAACUCGCCGGCAAUCAUCUUUAUUGAUGAAAUUGAUGCCAUUGCAACAAAGAGAUUUGAUGCUCAAACUGGUGCUGAUCGUGAAGUGCAAAGAAUCUUGUUGGAAUUGUUGAACCAGAUGGAUGGGUUUGAUCAAACAUCAAACGUCAAGGUGAUUAUGGCCACCAACAGAGCAGAUACAUUAGAUCCUGCAUUGUUGAGACCUGGUAGAUUGGAUAGAAAGAUUGAAUUUCCAAACUUGAAGGAUAGAAGAGAAAGAAGAUUGAUAUUCACCACUAUUGCGUCAAAGAUGUCCUUGGCUCCAGAGGUUGACUUGGACUCCCUUAUAAUAAGAAACGACCCGUUAUCAGGGGCAGUGAUAGCGGCUAUAAUGCAAGAAGCAGGUUUAAGAGCAGUGAGAAAGAAUAGAUAUAUGAUUUUACAAAGUGAUUUGGAGGAAGCAUACAGUUCACAAGUAAAGACUGGAACUGAACACGACAAAUUUGAUUUCUAUAAAUAG